AUGGAGCACAUUACGACGCCAAAGGUAGAAAACGUCAAGUUACUAGAUCGUUACACCAACAGGAAGCCAGCAAAUGGAACGUUGUACUUGACAGCAACUCAUCUGAUCUAUGUAGAUGCUUCAGCUGAAGUUCGAAAGGAGACAUGGAUUCUCCACCACCACAUUGCUACUGUGGAGAAGCUGCCUCUGACCGCAUCGGGCUGCCCACUGCUUAUUCACUGCAAGAACUUCCGUGUCGCUCACUUUGUUAUUGGGCAUGAGCGGGACUGUCACGAAAUCUACACUUCCCUGCUGAAACUCUCGCAGCCAGUGAAACCAGAAGAACUUUAUGCAUUCUCUUACAACCCCAGAAUGCCCAAAGACAACCAGGAGAUGGGCUGGAAGCUGAUAGAUGUCAAAGUAGACUACCAAGGGAUGGGGUUUCCCAAUAACUAUUGGGAAAUAACUGAUGCUAACAAAGACUAUGAGGUUUGCAGCACAUACUCUCUGGAUCUAGUGGUUCCUAAAGCAGCUACUAGGGCGAUGGUGCUGGGGAGUGCGAGGUUUCGAAGCCGAGGUCGGAUACCAGUGCUUUCCUACUUCUACAAAGAGAAUAAUGCUGCCAUAUGCCGUUGUAGUCAGCCCUUGUCUGGGUUCAGCGCCCGCUGCCUGGAGGAUGAACAGCUGUUGCAGGCACUGAGGGAAGCAAACCCAGGAAGUCCGUUCAUGUAUGUUGUAGACACAAGGCCAAAGUUGAACUCCAUGGCCAACCGAGCUGCUGGUAAAGGUUAUGAGAACGUUGAUAACUAUGACAACAUCCGUUUUAAAUUCAUUGGUAUCGAAAACAUACAUGUAAUGAGGAGCAGCCUGCAGAAGCUCUUGGAAGUGUGUGAAACUAAAUCUCCUUCAAUGAGCGACUUCCUUACUGGCUUAGAGAACUCUGGCUGGUUACGGCACAUUAAAGCUGUAAUGGAUGCUGGCAUCUUCCUUUCAAAGGCAGUGAAAGAUGAAGGCGCCAGUGUCUUAGUGCACUGUUCUGAUGGCUGGGAUCGCACUGCUCAGGUCUGCUCAGUGGCCAGCCUUCUCUUGGAUCCCUUUUAUCGGACAUUUAAGGGAUUCAUGAGAAAUGCAGUGGGGGAGAGCCAUGAAGCUGAUUAUAGCAGCAGUGCACUUAGGCCGGAAGGAAUAAAGGAACCCAUGGAAAGAAUGUAG